AUGAAUGCAGUUAAAAUAGUGAAAAUAGUAGUACCAGAAAUAAUACAGUACGGUGUGCAAGACGCUGUGAUUCUAGACUGUGACUAUACUUACGGUAAUAACACAUCAGGACUGGUAGUGAAGUGGUUUUUCAGAAACAAAGCUAGACCUGUCUACCAAUGGAUUGUGUCGCAAAAGCCACAGGAUAUGGGAAUAUUGAGAGGUCGUGUCGAUUUAGCAUACAGAGCAUCUAACGAUCCAUUAAAAAUGUACAGAGCACUCCGCAUAGUGAAGCUCAAUACCGACAUAUCUGGUGAUUACACGUGUGUUGUUUCAACAUUCAUGGAAGAGGAUUCAAGAACUAAGCAAAUGAUUGUAUUUGGUAAGUUACUUUGUUAA